AUGUCCAGCUUCGAAGGGAAAGUGAUUGCCAUCACAGGCGGUGCAUCUGGGAUCGGUCUCGCGAUAGCCAAAACACUCCACCAGCGUGGUGCAAAAGUCAGCAUUGCGGACGCAAAUUCAGCGGCCCUCGAAAAUGUUGCUCAGGCCAUCGGGACCGACGACAUCGUUGCGGUUCAAUGCGAUGUGCGCCAGAUGAAGGAGGUCGAAGCCUGGCUGCAGCGCACCGUGGACGGCUGGGGCAAGCUGGACGGCGCCGCCAACAUGGCGGGCAUAUCCAGUCCAAUGCCGGGCAAGGGAUCUAUGGAAGAGGCAACAGAGGAGGAAUGGGGCAUGACGAUCGCGGUGAAUUUGACGUGGCUCAAAUCUGGCUCGGCGAUUGUGAACGCAGCAUCAGUCGGUGGGACCAGAGGCUUCGUGGGCUCGGCAGCAUACUGUGCUUCGAAGCAUGCCGUUAUAGGGCUCAUUCGUGCUCCUGCGAAGGACUUCGGCCCGCGUGGCAUACGAUACAUCGAUACCCCAAUGCAGCGCGCGGCUGUGGCAGGAAAGGAGGAUCGCAUCGGUACCUUCAUCGCUAGUCUUCCGAUUGGGAGGGUGGCGGACGCAGAAGAAGCCGCCAAAGUGGUCUGCUUCCUCUUGAGCGACGAGAGCAGCUACGUUACCGGAAGCGUGUACGACGUCGACGGAGGGUACCAGUUGUAG